AUGUCCGACGUUCCCCAGGACGUGCUGGAUGGUAUAUCCGGCACCCUCGCGAAAGAGGGUGACCUGAUACAGAUGAUCCUGCUCACCUUCAUCUCACUAUCAUGCUACAACGUCGCAGAACUGGUCGUGCUCGUGGCAGCGACGUUCCGACGGUGGCGCGGGCUCUACUUCUGGUCCUUGCUCACCACAGGCUGUGUGGGCGUCGUCCCUUACUCAAUUGGCUUCCUGAUGAAGUUCUUUACCCAGUCCGACUCGGUGCUGUCGGUGACCGUAUUGACCAUCGGGUGGUGGACAAUGGUGACCGGGCAAUCGGUCGUGCUGUACUCACGACUGCACCUUGUGCUGCGGGACGAGCGCAUUUUGCGACGGGUGCUGCGGCUUAUCGUCGCAAACGUUUUUCUUCUGCAUGUGCCGACCACGAUCUUAACCUAUGGGGCGAACAUCGUGCGCACCGGCGAUGUGGCCUGGGUGAAUGGGUACAACGUCAUGGAGAAGAUUCAGCUGACCGGAUUCACGAUCCAAGAGAGUCUUCUGUCGACGCUGUAUGUGAUUGAGACAGUCAAGCUUCUACGUCUUGGGGCGGACGUCUCUUCACGCCCAGAUGCACGGGGCAUCAUGUACCAGUUGAUUGGGAUCAACUGCGCGAUUAUCGCAAUGGAUUUGCUCCUUUUGAGUCUCGAAUAUGCGGAUUUCUAUGCCGUGCAGAUCACCCUGAAGGGGUUUGUGUACUCGCUCAAACUCAAGCUUGAAUUUGCUGUGCUUGGUCGUUUGGUCGAUCUUAUUCAAGGUUCUAGACACCCUAUCUCAAUCGCUAUUGCCGAUACGUUCCCGCUCUCUUCGAUGCAGAGACCGCCUGAAACGCCUGACCAGACUGAGGAUACGCGUUAUGAGCAAGCUGAGCCAAAGGAUUUUUUGGCUCCACCUGACGGAGACCGGGUUGUUCAAAGGGGGAUCCUUGUGGAGUCUGACAGGGCGGGAUGA